AAUAUCACAAAUUAUUAUUAUUACUAUUAUAGAUAAACAUUGGGAGAAUAAAGGUGAUGCAUGGGAAGCAUUUGGAAGUGCUCAAGCUGGAAGCGCUAAUUUGUUUGACAAUGGCAAACAAGGUCAUAGCACCGGUGAUCGAAAACAUGCAACUUUCAAUUAUGGCAGCCAAGAUGGAUCAGAUGCUUUUUCGGCUUUUGCAAGGCAUGCUGCAGAUGGCCACGAUAAAGGAGCAAUAGAGACUGACUCUGAAGGGCGAAAAAAAUAUUCGUACUUUUCUCAAGGUUCUGGACCAAACGGCUUUUACUCAAAGGGAUAUUUUGGCUCAGAUGGAUACGAGCAUGAAGCUGCUAAAAGCGCCCAUUUUGCUGAUGCUAAAGGAAGUGGCUUUCAAAAAGGAUACGAAAGUGCAGAAGAAGAUUCUGGUCAUGAGCUCUCCUCGUGGGAUAAGGCAGCAAUGUCACAACAAGGCCAUGGACAUGCUUACAAUCAUGGUGAUUGGGGUGAGAAUGCCGCUGAGCACGGGAAAUCGGAGCAUGAAGAUGCGUGGAGUGCUGAUCGUGAUGACUACAAUUACCGCAAGCAUCAUAGAUAA